GGAGGCUGCGCGGCGCGGCGCUCGGCCCCUCGGCCCCGCAGCUCCACGCACCCAGCGGCGGCGGCGGCGGCGGCGGCGCGGGCUCGGGUGCCCAGGCAGCCUCUGAGCCCAUGGCGGGCAGCGAUGCGGACCGCGAGGGUCGCGCGCGGAGGAGCAGCGCGCCCCGGAGUCCCGGGGAGCCCUGUGGGCCGGGAGGCGAGACUGCGGCCAGCGGCCCAGAGCUGCUGUCCACUGCUGAAGCGCCGGCCGACGGCGCUGCGCUGCCCGCCUGGAUGCGCCUCUACUUCUACGGGAUGCACGGGAUCACCCUGGACGUGCUCCUGUCCUCGGCUCGGCGCUUCGCUAGCAGCCCAGACCUCCGGAUGCUGGGCUUCUCCUCGCCCUAUCGCUGCCUGCUGCACUCGCUCACCCACUUCGCCCUGGAGAAGGUCUACCUGCAGCAGCGGCGCUGCCCCAGCGCCUUCGUCUUCAAUUUUCUCCUCUACCCCUCAGCGCACGUGGCACUGCAGACCCUGGCGGGCCAGGCGCCGCUGCUCGGCCUGUGCAGCGGGCCGGGAGGCGCGGCAGUGCCGGGGACACUGGACCUAGCGCUGCAGUACGUGCUGGCGCUCUACCACUGCCAUGUGUUUCUGAACCGCUUCCUGCGCUUGCGGUACUGGCGGCCGCCAGGGCAGCAGCAGCAGCAGCGUUGGCCAGGCGCGCCCCCCGUCCCUCGGGGCGCCGGGACCCCUGUGGUUGCAGGUGGCCCGCGCCACCUACCCCGAGGCGGCAGGGGCGUCGGAGGAGCCCCCAGUCACGGGCUGCCGGGCCUGCUCCGCUUUCUUUUCUUCGGAAUGCACGGCUUUUUGGAUGAGAUCUUCUUCACUUUCUUCUUUAAUUUACUGGGGCAGGGAGAUGGGGUAACCAGCGGCCACACGUCACUCUGGUCCUUCUUUAUGUACGGCAGCUGCAGUUUCGUGGUGGAAAAGCUCUACUUCCAUCUCCACUGGAGUCGUGGCUGGAGCACUUGGAAGCGGAUACCCAUCUACGUGAUCUUCAUCUAUGUUUGGGAGUUGUCCUGGGGUCUGGGACUCCGCACGUGCGGCGCUUGUUCCUGGGACUAUUCUCACUAUCCGCUCAAUUUCAUGGGCCUCAUCACCCUGAUGUAUUUACCUGGUUGGAUAUUCCUUAGUGUGUACCAGGACCUACUUUUCAACGUGUUGUGGCGGGUGCAGUACAUACCAACUAACUAACUAAAAAAAAAAAAAAAAAAAAAAAAAGCCACUCGAUUCCCACGCACCAAUUCGAUUUAUUUUUACAUGUUAAAAUGGAGUGGGUUUUUUAGCCUUUUAAUUUUUAUACAUUUUACUAAACUCUUUCAGUAUGUUCUAUUCGACAUUUUAGUUUUUCUGACACUUUGGGACCUAUGCAUAAUACAAUAUUUUGAAGUAUUACUCACAACAUAACUCAAAGUACUUGUCAAUAUUUUAAGACCCCUUACGAGCCCAGAUAGCAAAACCAUUAUACCUUAACAUCAGGAGCUGUAGUAUAUUCACUAGGUGGGUGAUAACUACUAAUCUUUUUUUAAGCAAAGAAGUUAUUCAAAUCAGAAAUUACUGAUCAUUGCGAGAUUUGGCGAAAUUUUCUAAUUUAACAAUUUGUUUUCUUUUUAAUACAAUUUCAUUUUAAUUCCCUGCCAUAUUUACCAAUCACUGCUGAAACUCGGUGUCUUGCACUGAUAAAAGGACCAUUAACAACUCUUAAAGUGCCUCCCUCUAGCACACAGGUGGAAAGAAACUGACAAAUGUGAAAAUACAUCCUGUGGAUCGAUUUUUAAAUAAGAAACCUUUUCUAGCAACUCAGACAGGCAACACUGUGUUAAGAUACUUGAUCUCCAUCCUGGAAAUGAUUGUUUUUCCAAUGUGGAUUAGCCUUAAACGCCAAGUGUGUUAACUUUGAUCAGAUUCUGUGUUAUCUAUAGCUGUAAAUUUUGUUCUAAAAUGUUUACCUUAUAUGCCCAAAGGCAAAGCAAAAUUAUACCACCCUCAAUAGAGUUCUAACUCUAAGGACUCUUUCUACAUGAAGUUUCAAGGAUAGAAGCAGUUCCUUAGAAUAAAAUGAACCUGAAUCUGCAUUAUACUCGAAUUAGGCCUAAUUGUAUACUGUUAUGUGUUUUCAGUGUAUUUCUGUCAUGGCUCACUUGUAAACAUCUUUCUUUUUCCUUCUGGACCCACAGAGUUCUUGGGCCAAACCUGAUGUGCUAAUGUGCAUUAUAAAUCAAUGAUAGCAUUUUGGUGACUCAUUAUUAAUGUCUGGAAGCUCCAAAGUUAAAUGAGAUGAUAAACAUUUUAAGAAAUUUUGUCUAAUCAAUUAAUAAUGUCCUUUAAGGUUGUUUGUUGUUUCAUUAUAUUUAGAAAAGGCAAGUAGAAUUGAGUAUAGCUCAGCCAAGGAUGACUAAUACUUUCUCAGUUUUCAUUACAAAGAUAAUUAGGAAAAUUUAGAGGGUGUACAAAUGAAUAGUUUCUGCUUCAAAUUAUUAGCUUGUCUAUGCUAUGAAAGGGGACUUCGUUCUGUUUUCAAAAAAUGCUUGCUGUGGCAUUAGAAACGAAUAUGUCCUUAGGCGAUUGUCAGGAAUAAUUUCGAGAAGGUUGUGAGCUAAAUUGUUAGUAAUGCAAUAUAAUCAACCCUACUUGUGAGAUGGAUCAUGUUAAGCUGAUUAUUAGCUGAGUAGCAACUAAUAAAAGUAAGCCAAAGGUUUGUGGAAAGUAAAAGUGUCACUUUAUGACACUUGGCCAGAGGUGAAGGAUUUCUGAAAACCCUGGUAAGGGAAAAGGGUAAGUAUAGACACGGAGUUAGGCAGAUGCUACAUAAAAUAUUUGUAAUACAAAUGUGACACGUGCGCAGGAAUCUGAGUUAAGUUUGGUACUAUUCCACACCACAUAUUCCUGUGAAUUAACCAAAUCCUUGACUUCUAGAAUACCUGCUAAACAUACAUGUUUGCACUUCCGUCAUCCUUCCCGUGCCGCUCCUCCGCCCUGCUCACCUGCUCACCGACGUUCUUAGGGUCAGAAAUCUGUCAGAAGUGGGGAAGCCUCUUACUUUUUCUUUGUUUGUUUUGCUUUUAAUGUUAAUCCUAUUUUU